CUUGUCAAGACAGAGACCGACCUCCUCUAAAUGUGAAAACACCGUGUAAAAAAAAUAAUAAUAAUAAUAAAGUGAAACCACACUUUUACACAGGAUGAUCUCUCGGGCGCAUGCGCAGGUCGGAUUAACUGCUAACGGGCUACAGUGAUGGCAGGAACGUCUGCGACCUCUAACGGUGCGACCGAAAAGCGCUCAGAGGAGGCAAAAGAGGCGAAAAAGGGAUGGCUGUCCAAAAAAACUAUCUUCACACGUCGCUGGAAGCCAGCGUGGUUUCAGAUAAAAGAUUCCAGACUUUACUACGGCGGAAACCAAAAGAAUCCAGUGAAAUCCAUCAGCCUGAUUGGGGCAGAAAUCGAGGCUCUGGAGCAGGAUGGAGGAUUUGACUGGACUAUAAAGCCACAGGGAAGUAAAAGGACCUUUUUCCUUCGGGCUGGAUCGGCUGAGGAGCAGCAGCAGUGGAUGAUGGCUAUUUGUGAAGUGCAGAUGAGCUCUGGAGAGCACGCUUCAAAUGCCUGUGUGGUGCAGUAGUGUGUCUUAUGUGUUUUAAUAUAGUCACAACAACAUGUUUGAACAUUUUAUCGCAUCAGUAAUGAAACUAUGAGCAAACCAAAAGCAGGGGGUUAUAUGUAUUGUAGAUUUUUAUAUACUUUAUACUAAAAGGACAUAAAUAAUCAUGCACUAAUACCUGAAUUAAUGCUUACUUAAAUAUGAACUAAUGAUGAGUUAAAGCAUGUACUAAACACUAAUCAGACCAGGACGGUGUCAGGCAUUUACCACCACUCGUUGCCACAAACGGUGAUUAAUUUCCAAUAACAGCGCAUCACAAAAUGAUUUAUUCCGACUAUACCACAGAAAUCAUAACUAUUGCCAAUCAUAGCUGUGUUUACGAAUGAAUGAAUGGCACAUACUUUUUAUCUGUUUUGAGUUUCAUUUCACGUCGUGGAAUGCCCACACAUCAAGUUAUUUGCCGUUAUCACUCAUGUUAUAACAGUCAUCUCCUCAUCAGCCUCUCUCAUUUUUUUCUCUCUCUCUUGAAGCUGAGAGAGAGAGAUGCAAAAUGCAAACUCCUCUGUCAUAAAGAUUUUCCCGACAGCUGAAAAUGUAAACGUGAAUAUAUAUUCAUAUAUAUAUUUUAAAUGUCUUCUUACAGAAAGCCUCACCAAAGCAACCUCUAUCUAUUUCACAGAGUUUUGUGUGUAUGUGGGUUUUUUUUUUUUAAACAGAAUAUUCUUAGGCAUAAUUUAUGUGAGCAUGAGCCCUACAAGCUACUUUUUUACUAUAGGAAAAAAAAUAACAUAUUAGAAUGAGUGCAUUAAUGUAAACCUGUGAAUUGAAUUGCAGCCCAAACCACUCUCAGAGCUGCUGUAAAAAAAAAAAAAAUUAAUCAACACCUUAUGACCAGUUAGUAGCAAGCAAUGAACAUAGACGUGGAUAUAAAUGAUAUAUUUCUAAAAGUAAAAAGAUUGAGAUUAUGUAAUAUUUAAAGCAUUCUGUAGAAUAUGUACCCUGUCCAGGGUGUACCCCGCCUUGUGCCCGAUGCUCCCUGGGAUUGGCUCCAGGUUCCCCAUGACCCUGAAGAAGGAGUAAGCGGUAGAAGAUGGAUGGAUGGAUGGAUGUAAAGUAUGACCACCUGCGCGGGUUGCAUUGAUUGUAGACUUAACUGUGACUGUACAGACUGUGAUAUUUAAUUUACAUUACACACCCACAGAGGGCAGUGUUUUAUAAAGUCUGUGAAAAUUGUCAAUUUGCUCCUAGGGAAGCUGCAGUUUUCACUGUCGCCUCUGUGUCGCUUUACUUUUCAUCUGUUCAUGUAAAGAAAUCGACAAAACUAAGUAAAAAGCAAUACAACAUGACUAGGGAAAACAUUAGAGAGCAGCAUUAUGAAUGUAGGCCACUAAUAGAUAAAGUAAUAAAGCUGUAUAAUAAAACAGGACUGUUAUUUCUUAACUUGUGAAAGGUGAGUAUCACUAUGUCUGUGAACAUAUGUAUAUUUUUAUAUUUGUAUAAAUUUUUUGUUCAUUAUUAAGUGACUGGAAGUGUGGGAGUAUUCUUUCGGAAAUAUUUGUGUGUAAUUUAUGACAUUUUAGACCCUUUUUUAAAGUCAGUAUGGAGUUAGUUAUGUAGUUCUUCAGGUGUGUUUGUUUCAGAGUAAACCUUUUUUCUUUCUGCAGAUUGUGAGCAUUUCUCUUUACUCUUCCUGUGAGCUAACUGACUCUUUGUUGUGAUUGUAUAGUUUGUUCUGUAGUAUAAUUAGCCAAAAGUAUGUGGACAUCUGACCAUCACCACCCACUUUCUACUUU